ACCAUAUUAUAAAGGACGCGACACACAGUCCAUCCGCUAGGUCAGUCUGCCGCCAACGCGCGAGUCGAACUUACGUUAGCGCGCGAAUUUACUAACAUCAAAACAAAAUGUUGUUUUUAAUUACUGUUGCAGUAAUACUGGCCAGUGCGCAAGCUAAAUUUUACACGGACUGUGGUUCAAAACUAGCGACGAUUCAAAAAGUUGAGAUCAGUGGCUGCGCUGAAGACGCCAAGGAGUGCACUCUCAGGAGGAACACUAAUGUUUCUAUCUCCAUCGACUUCACGCCUUCUGUGGACGCAAAAGCUCUGGAGACCGUAGUCCACGGUAUCAUAAUGAACCUGCCGGUUCCUUUUCCUCUCCCACAACCAGAUGCUUGCAAGGAUAGCGGACUAGUUUGCCCGAUAAAGUCUGGCGAGAAAGUAUCCUAUAGAUCAACGAUGCCCAUUCUCAAAUCUUACCCCAAAGUCAAGGUCGGUGUCAAGUGGGAAAUGCAGAAUGAUGAAGAAGAAGACUUGAUCUGCAUACUCAUAGGAGCCAAAAUUAAUUAAAUAAAAAACUCUUAGCCAGUAUUCUACUAUUUUGCUGUUUAUUUUAAAAAAAUGAUUUAAUAAUUUUAUUUAUUACAAUUUAAUAAAAAAAAAACCUCAAAGAGAUAUUUUCGUAAAGAAAUACUUAGCUUUUGGAAUUAAUUAUGAUGAAGCACUGAAUCCAAUAAAAAAAAUAGUAGAUACUUAGUAUUUCAGUAUGAUAAUAAUUUUAACAAAUCAAUAAGUGUAACAGUUACUAAAAUGUUUGGAAAAUAUGAAGAAAAUUGUCUGACGUGUAACGACCUUAUGUCACAUUUAUUAAAUAAAAUAACCUUUGCCGUUUUAGUUUACUUAGGUUAAAUAUCAAUAAUAAAUGCCUUAUUAAGUUAAGUUACAAAAUGUUUUUUUUUUUAAAACGUCAACGCUACGAAGCAUUGUUCAUCUCCGUCCUAUGUAAAAUAUCGUUAAAAUUAAAUAAUCUACGCUCUCUGGACGUAAUUAAAAGUUUUUUUUAAUUAAUCUUUUUACACAUACGUACUUUUUUAAAUUCAAUUUUUAAUUAAAUGAUUGUCGUCAUAUCUUUUUUAAAUUAUCAGUCAACAAUAAAUUCAAUCCUAAAGAAAUAAUUUAAAUGAAAAAUAUCGCGACAGAGUAUGGUCACCAUGUUGAUUAUUGUAAUAUGGGUAAUUAUUGAAAAUAAAACUUUAUCUGAGAAAACUA